AUGGCAGCUGAAAUAAAUGAUUCCAGGACACUUUAUCGCACUACUAAAACGCUUGCCAACAAAAACAUUAAUAGGGAAUGUCCCAUAGUGAAAGAUAAAGAAGGAAAUAUACUGACCUCAAAAGAGGAUCAGCUGCACAGAUGGACAGAAUUUUUUAGUGAACCUCAACAGGUAACAAAUGAUAUUGAUGAGGUACCAACGUCUCCAACAGAGAACUGCAAAUCUAGAAUCGCAACACGUGCUCCAUCGAUUCAAGAAAUUAAGCAAGCAUUAUCACAGCUUAAAACUGGCAAAGCGACAGGUCCUGAUAAUAUACCCGCUGAACUAUUUAAGAUACAUCCAGAAAACAUUGCACAGCUACUAGAGACAAUAAUAAAAAGCAGUUGGGAAACAGAACAUAUCCCGUCAACGUGGAAAGAAGGACUUAUUGUAAAACUCCCCAAGAAGGGCGACUUAUCCCAGUAUAAGAACUGGCGAGGCAUUACCUUACUUAACACCAUUAACAUGACCAUUAACAAGAUAAUUCCUACAGUCAUCCAAAAAAAAGAAUAUCAGAUGCCCUUGAACCGACUUUGGGAAAAGAACAAGCAGGUUUUAGGCCUCAAAGAUCAUGUAUCGACCAAAUUAAUACUUUCAGAAUAA